CUGGACCGAAGACUCCGCUUGCCCGGACAUCACGCUAUGUGGAGCUUAUAGAAAUGCUGGGCUCUGUGUAUGAAUACGAAUUAUUUUGGAACUAGAAAUGGCUAGAAGAGCAAAGCUAACGGGCGGGAAAGAUGUUGGCUUUUCUCACGCUCUUUGCUCAUGAGUAGGGUGUACGGCUGAGAUCCUUCAUCGGAUACUGCAUGGCCGCGACCUAUGCGCUGGAAUGGCACGUAAGCAACAGGACUCGGUGACCAAGGCAAUAGGUAAGGCAGACAGAUGCCCAGAACAUUUUGUAUAAACUACCCAUAUCAAGCGCUCAAGAGCCUUGGGUUCCUCAUCUCGUAGUACUAAGCCUGAUUACGUUAUAAAGCAAGUUUCAAAAUGGCCGAAGUCUUUGGUAUCGUAAUAGGCGCCGUAGGUCUCGCUUCAGCCCUAGGCGCGUGUAUCGAUGGGAGAAUGCUCGAGUUGCGGCUCUCACGCUGGGGAGAAGCGUUAGGAGUCGAUGAAGACCCACAGUUGAGCAACCCAUUAGCAACCAACGAUCAAAUUAGGACCGCAAAAGAUGCGCUUAUCCGAAUCCUCGAGCUUCUCGAGGAAUCAAACAAGCUGUCUCAAAAGUUCCGACCAUCAUGUGACCAGGCCGGAGAUCGCUCGGAACGGGAUGAAGGAAAAGAGAAGAAUGAACAUUCCUUAAGCAGAAAAAUCCGGGAGGUAGUUGCGCGGCGUAGACGACAUGGAGCUAAUCCGAUGAAGACUAUGCGUUGGGUGCUGUACAGCAGAGAACAUGCGAUGCAACUUAUUAGUGAUAUCACAUCGUUGAUCGAUUUGCUACAGCACAUCUAUCCAAUGCCCGAUAAGGAGCAAGAACUAGCCAGAGAGGAAGUCAGACAGCUUACUUCAGGCAUUACUGAUCAAGGGUCCACGAUACGGCACUUGCAACAACUUGUGCAAGGCAUCGAUAAUGACAUGAAAAAGGCGAUCGAGUCUGUCGAAAGGCAGGGCCACCAGUACGGAGACGUAUCCAUGGAAGAGAAUGCGCGCAUUCAGAAUGGGCAUACCUUCACUCGGGCUUGGGAGGGGGCAUCUUCUUUGCCAGUAGGGCCGAGCAUGACUUUUACUUGCAUAAAAGCAUCGGGUUCCUCAAGGGCUCGCAACGGAGAUGUAUAUGUAGAGAAGGACGACUUCUGGUCGUAGGUCUGAGCGACACGGCGACCAAUGCUUUUCUCUAUCGGUAUGGAAGAGUGAGGAGGAGAUUGAGAGUUGGACGAAUAGGGUGACGAUAUAUUUUGGAAGAAUGCAGAUGUUCUAGGUUAGUUUAGGUCAAUCGCCGAUCUCAAAUACACAUAUGUACAUGUACCUUACAGUAUGGAACUCGCACCUUCUUCGUAUGAAUUGCAGGUGCCUUCUCUUGGGGGAAGCUUUAUUUAAACAAGGUUACAUGUAUAACACCUCUGAAGCUGCUGUGUCACGCCAACUUACUGAGGAAGUUGCAUGUGCUGAAGAAUUGAAGAAUGGCAGGUGUGG